CCCCACACGAACUGCGACGCGCAACCCAUUUCCUCUCCUCCUUUUCCUCGGGCCCCACCGCACCACCAGAUGCAGCAGUCGCCCGUCGAGAUGCAUCCGACCGUCGACGCCCCCGCCCCCGCCUCAGCCGCCGAGCAGGCCGCCCCCGCCCCCUCUCCCGACCCCUCCCCGCCCCCGCCACCCGCCGCGGCGCCGACGCCGGCUCCCGAGGCGGCCGAUCCGCUGCCUGCGCCGGCGCAGAAGACCGUCAAGUGGAGCGAGAAGCUGACGUCGGACUCGCCGACCCACGUGCAGGCCGCCGCCGCCGCGGAGUCCAGCCAGUAUGUGUCCCGCGGGCCCGCCUCCUCCUCGUCCAAGGGCGCGGUGGAGGCGAUGAAGGAGACGCUGUCGAGGUGGGGGAAGUCGAUGGGGGAAACGACCAAGAUGGUCGAAAGCCUCAGCCGCGACACGUGGCAGCACUUCAAGACAGGACCUAGUUUUACCGAAGCUGCUAUGGGACGACUUGCUCAAGGAACCAAAGUUCUAGCAGAAGGUGGAUAUGAAAAAAUAUUUAGGCAGACCUUCGAAGUUCUUCCAGAUGAGCAGCUGAAAAUAUGCUAUGCAUGCUAUCUAUCAACAUCAGCUGGUCCUGUCAUGGGAGUCCUGUACAUUUCUACAGAUAAGAUUGCAUUUUGCAGUGACAAUCCUCUCUCUUACAAAGCUGGGAACAAAACUGAAUGGAGCUACUACAAGGUGGUCAUUCCUCUUCAUCAGCUAAGAACGGCUAAUCCUUCAGUGAGCAAAGUGAAUCCCGCUGAAAAAUACAUUCAAGUUGUUUCAGUUGAAGGUCACGAGUUCUGGUUCAUGGGUUUUCUUAUGUAUGACAAAGCUGUAACCAGUCUUCAAGAAGCAUUGGCUAGUGCUCGUGAGUUGCAACCGUAGAUAUCAAAUGGAGGCUUCAGUUACUUCAGUCUCGGUAGAAUCAUUGGAGUUCUGAACCUGAUUCCUUAGCUUCUGAGUGUCUCCUGUUUCAAAUCCUUCGCGCUGAAGCUUUGAUACGGUACACUCACUAGCUCGCAUACGUGUCAGAAGUGUUUGUGUUUCCUGCUUGUGUUGUAAUGAUGAGAUAUAUGGGAAGAUUUAUACUGCAGCUGCCCAUUUUGAAUGCCUUAAUUGCCAACAUUGAAAUGUGACAGUUAUUACCCGAGGCCUUGCAAACUUUGGAUUGAA